CAGUUUUCUUUGGAUGGUGGCCGGGCACGGGAACAAAACGCAUGCUAAGAUUUCGCUGCAAUGCAGCCCUGGCUUAGCGUAGGAAUUCCGAGCAGGGCCUUUCUCACCCAAGGGGCGUACUUCUGGUUUUAGGGAGGGAAGGAGGAUGAAUACCAGAGCCAGCAUUUUCUCCGGUUCUGUGUAAUGGAUAUGCAAGUGGUCUGAUCAUUGUCCCUCAAUGGAAGGCACCGCAUCUGUGAGGGCAACUAGGAGCAGAAGGAAAGUGAAUUCCCAACCAGAUGUAAUUUCUGAGUCUCAUUUUGAGAAAAUGAAGGAUCCCAAAGCAAAACUAGAUGUUGAAGAGCAAUUGGAGGUAGCAGACUCAGUUGCUGAACUGCAGGCUGAUGGAUAUAUUUCAGAAGCAGAAUCAAACUGUUCCUCUGUCACUGGUCUUCAGACACCCUCAUUCAUAAGGGUAACAAGAAGGCGGCAAAUUGUAGUUCCUUGUCAGUUAGAAUCUCCAGCUAAGAAUAGACCAAACAGGAGAACACUUCCCAAUGAAGACAGCAAAUUCCAAGAUGAUGAUAUCUCUGAAUCGGAAUCAUGCUGUUCCACUGUUUCAGGAAUGCAAACCUCUAGUGCCCCAAGAAUGACUAGAAGCAGACAAGCCAAGGCCAAUAUUGCCCCUGUGUAUGAAUCACAAGCUGAAGUGGUUUCUGAUGCAGAAUCAUGGUGCUCAGGUGUAUCCGUAGAACCUUCUGCUCAAUUUAAAAGAAUGACAAGGAGCAUGCGACUGAGACUGCAAGCAGAAACAAUAUCACAGGGUGAAAGGAAAAGUGAAAUUGUGGUAGGGGAUGAAAAAUCCCAGACAAUAAUAAUUUCUGAUACAGAACCCACAAGAUCUGAUUUUGAUAAACAAUUAUCAUCCUGUGUAUCGACUACUCAGAGUAAUGAGCAGCCUGGCCCCCACUCUGAAUCUAUCAUUGGUGGUGAUCUAAAGCAGAGAUUUUCAAGCAACUCUAAGACAACUACAACAAAAUCUACAAAAACAACACCUAAAAAAGAGAUGCGAAAGGAUAGGGACUGUGAAAUUGUGGAUUGUCCAGAGGAAGAGGUAGAAAAGGGCAAAAAUAUAAGGGAAUCUUCUAGAAAAGAAAUGCCAAAUGAUGUUUAUGAAAUUCUGGAGAGUUCAGAAGAAAUGUGUGAGCAAGCAUCAGAAAAACCUAGCAAAGGAACUGAAAAAUCAUCUCCAGUGAAGUAUACACCCACAGUCUCAAGGCAGACUGCCCCUAAUAAAGACAAACACAGCAUGGAGACCAGAAAGCUUUCACAGAAUUGUUUCCAUCAGCCAGAAGAGACAAUCGAUGUGGACAAGCUACAUGAAACAGGUAAUCUACAAAAUGAUAUAAUCGCAUCACAAAUUAUUGAAAGCAGUGAUGAAGACUGCAGGAUGUCUGUUGUUAGUAUAGGCAGCGAUGAAAGCCAGGAGGAUCCAGUUGCUGAAUCCUCUUUAUGCACAGCCAAACAAAUAGGGGAUGAGGGGUGUUCUACUAUGUCACUUCUUAUCAGUGAUGAGAGUGGUGAAUCUGACAGCAGUGAUUUGGAAGAAACCAGUGAAAUGAACAUGACUGCUAAUUGUACAAAUCGCUGUGAACAAACAGCUUUGGACACCUCCCACAGUGAAGUGCUCUUUGCAAUUGAUAAAACUCCUGGUUUACACACUAGCAAAACAUACUAUUUAGAAGAUAAGGACCCGGAGAUUGAUGGGGAAUGUAGAAAAAGCAACAAGUCCUCAGAACUGGAAGAAGAUGAGGAGGAAUUUAUCGACGAUGAUGAAGAUUCACUGAAUGUGACUAAUAAAGUUUUGUCAUUAUCAAGCAGCAUUGAUCCUGGCCUAGAUAUUAAAGACCUGGGAGGGUUGUAUAUUAAUUUUGAUGCAGGAAAACAGAAGCCUGGCUCACAUGGAAUUGUGCCCCUGAAGGAGAAAAAAAAAGAUGAGCUCUUGCAGAGGAGUACUGUAACUCCAGACUUUGAAAAAAGGGAAUGUGUUCCACCCUUAAGAGAAUCAGUCCACCAACUAAAGAAACAACGUAGGGCAGAGCGGGAAAAAACAACAGGUGAUGGCUGGUUUGGUAUGAAAGCCCCAGAAAUGACCGACAAAUUGAAAAACGAUCUUCAGGCCCUGAAGAUGAGAGCAGCCAUUGAUCCUAAACGCUUUUAUAAAAAGAAUGAUAGAGAAGGUCUCCCCAAAUACUUCCAGGUUGGAACUAUUGUGGAUUCUCCAGUAGACUUUUAUCAUGCUCGAAUUCCCAAGAAAGAAAGGAAGAAAACUAUUGUGGAAGAACUUCUGGCAGAUGCUGAAUUUAGAAGAUACAACAAAAGAAAGUAUAAAGACAUCAUAGCUGAAAAAGCAGCCCUUGCAGCAGGCAAGAAAAACAAGAUAAAGAAGAAAUAUCAUAAAUAAGAUGGAACACUGCUUUGUGUAAA